GAGGGGGAGAGAGAGAGAGGAGAGAGGGUGUCCCGUCUGCGCUGAGCUCAGACAGACAGCAGGGAACAGCUGCAGCGCUCGCUUCGCCUUGGAUUUCACUGCAUUGCGAUUUAAAAUAUCAGGCGUUUCAUCCACGAAGCCCACGUCGCGCAGCUCGACCGAGCAAACCUCCCACUAAUCAUUCGAGAAAAUGGUCGACCGCGAGCAGCUGGUGCAGAAAGCCAGGCUGGCUGAGCAGGCUGAGAGAUAUGAUGAUAUGGCAGCAGCUAUGAAGUCGGUGACUGAGCUGAACGAGGCCCUGUCCAACGAGGAGAGGAACCUGUUGUCCGUGGCCUACAAGAAUGUGGUGGGCGCCCGCCGCUCCUCCUGGAGGGUGAUCUCCAGCAUUGAGCAGAAGACCUCCGCCGACGGCAACGAGAAGAAGAUCGAGAUGGUCAGGGCCUACCGGGAGAAGAUCGAGAAGGAGCUGGAGGCGGUGUGCCAGGAUGUGCUCAACCUCCUGGACAACUUCCUGAUCAAGAACUGCAGCGAGACGCAGCACGAGAGCAAGGUCUUCUACCUGAAGAUGAAAGGCGACUACUACCGGUACCUGGCCGAGGUGGCCACGGGGGAGAAGAGGGCCACCGUGGUGGAGUCCUCGGAGAAGGCCUACAACGAGGCCCAUGAGAUCAGCAAGGAGCACAUGCAGCCCACCCACCCCAUCCGCCUGGGCCUGGCUCUCAACUACUCUGUGUUUUACUACGAGAUCCAGAACGCCCCGGAGCAGGCCUGCCAUCUGGCCAAGACCGCCUUCGAUGACGCCAUCGCCGAGCUCGACACUCUCAACGAGGACUCCUACAAAGACUCCACUCUCAUCAUGCAGCUGCUCCGAGACAACUUGACACUGUGGACAAGUGACCAGCAGGAUGACGAGGGAGGGGAGGGCAACAACUAAAGGGAAGCCUCAGUCCGAAAAUCAAAAAAUCAAAAAAUUAUGAAGGGCCGGUGGACUUUGGCAGCCGCUUUUGCCGAUGAAACUACCGCAGCAGCAGUUCUUUAUUUUUCCAUGUGUUAAAAGAAAAGAAUCAAAAAGAGAGGUGAGAGUGGGAGGUUAAAAUCUUAGUUUAAAUAUAUAGAAAUAUAUAUGACAGUUGAAAAGGGGGCCUCCAUCUUCUUGAUUUUCUCUUUGACAUUUGCCAAAAACCACUGAUAUGUCAGUCAAUCAGCCUGAAGUGGUUGUUGUUGGAUUGAAAUGGCAGCCUCACACUGGCAUAGGAACUGAUCUUGUUCUGUCGAGAUAAGCUGCUUACUUAGAUUUUUGCGUAAUAGAGAUGCAUUUGAGUCACUUUGAGAGAGAAAAUGCUUGAAUGGGCAAUUUUUAGAGAAGCCUCACAAAAAACUAGAUUGCAUUGGUUCCAGUAGUAGACAAGAGGGCCCUGAAAGCUGUUAACCUAACAUUAACAACUAGAAAAUCAGCAAAAAUCCCCCAAAUUUUUGCAGGAUUGAUUACUUAAUUGUAAAAAAAAAUAUGGACGAAAUUAGCUUCCUUACUGCUAAUUAAAGUGUUUUUGGCAUCUUACAGAUAAGUCAGUUGUGUUACUGGAACCACUGAUUCUUUUUGGAGGUGAAGUUUACUAAAGGCAGAGACUUAACGAAAUGAAUUACAAAAAAAAGACAAAAAAAAAAAAAAAAGCUAAAAGCAGCUUCAGAGUUUGUGGUUUACUUCUGUGUUUGUUUUAUUAAAUGCACAUGCCUACUAUACUGUUUCUUCAGUGUAAUGACAACAAUAAUAUCGCUUAUUCAAUAUUGUGCAUGCUGGUGAUGUAUUUAUAUACAGUAGCUUGACUUUAUUAACUUAUACUGUGGGUGUUAAGUAUUCAUAUGAAAACAGGCUUCGUCUGAUGUUGAUUUUUGAUUUUUAAUUUAUUUUAAUUUUAUUUUUAGUUUAACUUUUUUUGAUUUGCUAUAUCAAAAUGGUGAUCGUAAAAAUUGACCUGUAAUGGGCGUUGCUUUAGUGACAUGCAAUAUGUGUAUUUAAUUUGUUAAUGAAAGAAAAAAAAGGAUGAUUAAAAAAAGAAAAAAAUACCCACCAGUGCUUACCUAAUCUUACCGACUGGUGUUUGUCACUUUGAAAUAUGGUUAUGAUAUAUUUUGUUCUUUGAACAGUAUUUAAGUACUUUUUUUCUGUCAUGCUAUCCAGUUUUAAUAAUAUUGGUGACGUUUCCAGGCUCAAUGCUUCUGUUAUGAAUCCACCUACAUGGACCAUGUUUAGUUUCUAACAGUAUACGUUUAAUUUUUUUUAUUUGUUUUUAUACCUUUUAGCUGUUCCUGAGUGACAUAAUAUCUUGAAUGUGAGUCAUUAUGUAGCAGUUGCACAAAACCGGAAUAAUAGCUAUGAUAAUAAAAAAGAAUAUGACUAAAUUAUA